AUGGGUCCGGGAGGCUGUGUGGCUCGGCGGCUCUGGACGCUGCUGGGGUUUAGAGCCCUUUCCCCGGCAGCAGGCUCUGCGGCGGGCGCUGGGUGCCGGCUUCGGUUGCUGGCCGCGGAACGGCUUCCCGCGGGACCAGCGCUCAGCCGGGCCUGCUUGACCGCUGACCGUGCGCGCGGCCUGCACGGCGGGCCCGGCCUGGAGGAGCGGACCGAGGGGGCAGCCAGCGAGGGGCGCCGGGAAUCUGGCGCUGCAGAUCAUGCUGGUCCCAAGUUUGACAUUGAUAUGUUGGUUUCACUUCUGAGGCAAGAAAAUGCAAGAGACAUUUGUGUGAUCAAGAUUCCUCCAGAAAUGAAAUAUACAGAUUACUUUGUGAUCGGUAGUGGAACUUCUACCCGACAUUUACAUGCCAUGGCCUACUACAUUGUGAAAAUGUACAAAUUCCUAAAAAGUAAAAGUGAGCCUUAUGUGAAGAUUGAAGGGAAGGACACUGAUGACUGGCUGUGUGUGGACUUUGGCAGCAUGGUGAUUCAUUUGAUGCUUCCAGAGACCAGAGAAACAUAUGAACUAGAGAAAUUAUGGACCCUACGUUCUUAUGAUGACCAGUUAGCUCAAAUAGCACCUGAGACAUUACCUGAAGACUUCAUUCUUGGAAUAGAAGAUGACACUUCAUCCCUGACUCCAGUGGAGUUCAAAUGUGAAUAAAAUACUGUUUUAGUCAUUUUGGAUUCAGAUUGAGUCACUUCUCAAAUAUAGCCCCUAAACCCCACCUAAUUGGGUAUCUGAAAAAUGAAGCUGCAUUUGGGGCACAUUACAAAUGAGGAAUGAUCCAUAUGCGGAAAGCACCACACCUCACAGCCUGCCCAUGUGUCAUGCAGUCCCCGUGCGCCAUUUAUUCCAGAGGGACACUGCCUUGUUCCAGAAAGAUUUUAUGCUUUUUACAAAGCACACACAACCUAGAAAGGUAAAACAAAGGAGGUGAAGAAAUAAGACCAUAGGGCCCUAACAGAAAAGACAAGACGAAGUCAGAGGUGAAGGAUAUUCACAGGACACAAGCUGCUUCCCAGUGGAUUUCUGCCAGACGCCUAUCGGCAAAACUGCCUUUGGACUUGUUGGCAGACUUAAUGUUAUAGCUUGAAAAACAAAAGAACAAAGCUGCUCAGCUGAAAGUUUGCAUAACUGGUGAAGUCUGCCAAUGAGUAAUUCCUAAUCAUCCAUCGUGAGGAGAUACAAGAAUGAGCAAACAGGCAGCAAGGACGAAGAGGCAGUCUUAGCGAGGACCUGACUGCUCUGAGAGCUCUGAAGGAGAGCAAGCUCCGAAGGAGUGGCAGCGUAGCCGCGGUAGAGGACCACCAGGGCGCUGAGGGCAGAUCUGCCCACCUUGCGUUCUCUAGCCCAGGUUCUAAAGAUACCACAGACCUUCGGCAGUGCUCUUCAGCCAGAAGAAAAGUGAAGCCGAAGGGAACAAAGGACUGGAAGCAGCAGUGGUAGAAAUGGCCAGGUGUUGUGUUCUAGCAAACACACCACCAGUGGAAGUGGGAAAAGCUAUCCUCAGGCAGUGUCCUUAAAGGAGGUGACUGCCAAUGUUUGAUCUUCGUCCUUGCUGGCUGGAACCAGAUCCAGGGGCUGGAGCAUGAGCAGUCAUCUAGUACAGGAAAUGGUGAGAAACCAAACCCAAAGCAAAGAGGAGACUGACCUGUGGUGGUGCAAACCCCGAGCAGAGCUGGGCUAGAGCUGGGCUAGAGCUGGGCUAGAGCUGGGCGCUCACCUCCAGGGCUCCUUCCACCUGCUCCCUCUCUACAUCACCUUCAGCUGUAGUGGAAAGUGUCACUUAAGACAUAAUGAAUCAAUUCACACUUGAAAUGGAACUGGAAUUCUGAAGCCUAUCCUUAGGUGAAUGGGCUUUGUCAUAUGAUUUCCAAGCCCAAACACACUGGAGUGACGGACAAGGUGCAGGGGAAGGUGCGAAUGCUGCUGACGGUCACGGCAGAAACACAUGGUAAGA